UCAUGAUUUCAAUACAUUAAAGUGAAUGGAGUCGUAUUUCUUUGAAUCGAGAGGAAUCCAUUAACUUACCUCUUCAUUCAGAAUCGGUGCAAUUCGCCGCGAGAGAGAACGGGGGCUACGCAUCCGUCGCACGACACGGAGAGUCAACAGAAAGGCCAUGAAAAUGAUCGGCGAGAAUCCGCACAAGCCGUAAGCACGCACGAGCGUCCAUCUCGACUCGGCUCGGACAUGUUUCAAACACUUGGUCGACACUCUCCUCCGCCUUCGCUCCUUCCCUGUUCCCAACCCAAAGUCUCCCUCAAACCCACUCUCUUUCCCGGCCAAACCGUCCUCGACGUCAGCUCGCCGCAUGGCUCCCGUAAAAACCGCUCCUUUCGCCCCGUCACUAGCUCGCUCCCCAGCGCCGACGCCACCAGCAGAUGGUCUCUUCGAGGGAUGACCGCCCUCGUGACCGGCGGGACCCGCGGUAUCGGGAACGCGGUCGUGACGGAGUUGGUGGGCUUUGGGGCGAGAGUGCACACGUGUUCUCGAGACGGGGAUGAGCUGGAAAGACGCCUGAGGGAGUGGGUCGACGGCGGCUACGAAGUUACGGGGUCGGUUUGUGACGUGUCUGUCAGGGGAGAGAGGGAGAGACUGAUGGGGAACGUCUCUUCCGUGUUUGAUGGGAAGCUCAACAUUCUUGUAAAUAAUGUGGGCACCAACAUAAGGAAACCAGCUGUGGACUUCACGGCCGAAGAGUUUUCUCUUCUCAUGGCUACGAAUUUUGAGUCCAUGUUCCAUUUGUGCCAACUUGCUCAUCCGUUGCUAAAGGCAUCGGGGAUGGGAAGUGUCGUUUUCACGUCCUCUGUUUCUGGAUUCGUUUCUUUGAAAUCCAUGUCUGUUCAUGGGGCGACGAAAGGGGCAAUUAAUCAACUUACCAAAAGUCUGGCUUGUGAGUGGGCUGUGGACAACAUAAGGAGCAAUGCUGUUGCACCUUGGUACAUCAAAACUUCUAUGGUGGAGCAGGUGCUCAGCAAUAAGGAGUAUCUGGAAGAGGUAUACUCUUGUACACCACUCCGUCGCCUGGGAGAUCCAAAGGAUGUGUCAUCUUUGGUGGCAUUUCUUUGCUUGCCUGCAUCAUCAUACAUUACUGGCCAGAUUAUUUGCGUGGACGGGGGGAUGUCUGUGAACGGAUUCUACCCGAGACACGAGUAGAUUCAAAGAGUUUACCUGUUCUGCUGUGUGAAAGCUAUCGUCCUCUGUCUUUGUUUCUCCUUUUUUUUUCUCACGUGUGUGAUUACUCCACUCACCAGAAACUUACGAUCCUUUGUUUAGAAGUGAUCUGAUGAGCUUCGGUAGUCUUAGAGCCAAGCUUGAGGCAUUGCCUAUGAUAGAUUGUUGAUUCAAUUGCCUCUUUUGUGUUA